CUUUUCUUUCUCUAAAUUGAUUUGAGUGUUUCCCUUUUUGUGAAUAAAUGUAUUGAAUUACUCCUCUCAUCAAGAGUUAGAAAUGUAUUGAUUUUUUUCCCCUUGUUUGCCAAAUAUAGCUUCACCAAAAGGGUGUAAAUGGGGAAAAAAAUUUAUUCUUGGUGAAUAUUUUGAUGUAACACUCAUAUGCUUUCAAGGGGCUUUUCUGUUUGAUGUUUGAUAGGUCAAUGAAGGGAAAAAAACAGAUUUUGCUUUGUUAGCUUCCUUAACUUUUGAGUUUUGAGCAUAGAGGGUUGUAUUUUGUAAAAGGGGUGUUUCUUUUUUGUUGUAAACUAAAUGAUGAAAUUGAUUACUUUAUCAAUUACAGAAGGAAAAAAGGAAAACCCCAGAUCUUGAAUUGAAUUUGGCACUACAUUGAAUAAUCAGAUUCAAAGACAAAUCUUUAAAUUGGAUUUAAAAGGUAUAUAUCCCUGGUGAGAGUCUGUUGAGAAUGAUGAGUACCAUUUGAGGUCCUUGGUCACUCCAAGUUCUAGAGCUCUCUGUUCAUAGCCAAAAUUGCAAAGAGAAGUGAGGCAAAUGAGGCGCAGUCUUGAGGUUUGGAAGAUGGGCACUGUCAAUUACCUGGAGGCACUGAAGCUGCAAGAGAAGCUGACAUCUGAUAGAAAAGCUCUAAAAAUUAUUGAUACCCUAUUAUCGCUACAACAUCCACCGACGUAUACAGUUGGCAAAAGGGAAACAGUUCAUAAUCUACUUAUUCCUGAUUCAGAGCUCAAGUCCAUGGGGGCAGAACUUCACUAUACGCAAAGAGGAGGUGACAUUACUUUUCAUGGUCCUCACCAAGCGAUCUUAUAUCCCAUUGUUUCGUUGAGAGAUAUUGGUUUAGGGGCUAGAAUGUACGUUGAGAAGCUUGAGCUAACCAUGAUUGAAUUGGCAUCUAUGUAUGGUGUGAAAGCACAGGCUGGACAAAAAUGUGAAACUGGGGUUUGGGUUGAGGACAGAAAGAUUGGCGCAAUUGGAGUUAAAAUUUCAUCUGGGAUCACAUCUCAUGGAUUAGCAUUCAACAUGGAUCCUGAUUUAAACUAUUUUAAGCAUAUUGUGCCUUGUGGGAUUGUCGAUAAAGGUGUUACUUCUUUGAAGAAUGAAGCAGAUGUAGAGCUUCCUGCUGAAGAAGUGAUACAGGAGCAGUUGAUCGCUUGUUUUGUAAGAAUAUUUGGGUACAACGAUGUCGUUUUAAAAGAUAAGUCCGUGUUAUAAUUUGCUGUAGUUUAUGAUUAUUCCUGAGUCUUCUAAUCUGCUGUCUUUGAAGAAGUCAAAUGUCUUAGUUGUGUCGUGUCCUCAUGUGACCAUUUUAACUAGCUCAUCUCAUCUGUACAGUUGAAGUACCAGAGGAAUGGGCUAUAUUCACUAAACUAAUUACUUGUUAUGAAGGCUAUCAAUGGUACCGAUAAAUUGGCUAGUGAAAUCAUAUGCUGUUUGAAUAGCUAGAUACACUUCAAUGUAACAAGGCUUGGCUCCACACAUGCCCGACACCCCUGACCAAACUGAUACCAGGUUUGUGAGAGGUAAUUUUAGUGUGACGUAGUUCAUGUUUAGAGCUCAUUGCAUGUUGAUUGACAUGUCAAAUGCAACUUUAGC